UUUUUAUGUACAUAAAUGUACAUAAAAAAAAUCUUGGGAAUAAGCAUGUCAUGUAAUUAUGCUGAUGGACUAUCCGAUUACCAAAAUAAAGGUGUCCUGGGAGUUCCCGAAAUAUUCGACGACGAUGAAAUUGGAAAAAAAUGUGAACAACUGGCCAAAUUAAUUCUGAGUGCCAAACAUGUUGUGGUUCACACCGGAGCUGGAAUCAGUACCAGUGCUGGUAUUCCGGAUUUCCGGGACCUAAAGGGAUGGACAUUGGAAAAGAAGGGUGAAAAACCUUCAAUAAAUGUAUCUUUCGAUGAAGCUCUGCCUACCAAAACUCACAUGGGACUCAAAACGCUGGUUGAGGCUGGAUUCGUGAAAUACAUCAUCAGCCAAAAUAUCGAUGGGCUGCAUCUGCGGUCAGGACUGCAACGCAAAUAUCUGGCUGAGUUACACGGCAACAUGUUCAUCGAGCAGUGCCUCAAAUGCAGACGGCAAUAUGUCAGAAACAAACCGGCACCAACCGUUGGGAAGAAACUAACCGGGGAGCUAUGCAAGGGAACAAAGAACUCCCGAGCAUGCCGGGGAGGCAAUCUCAUAGACAACAUUCUGGAUUGGGAGCACGAUCUACCGGAGAGUGAUCUGGAUUUGGCAUUUAUGCAUUCCACAUUGGCGGAUUUGAAUAUUUGCCUCGGGACAACGCUGCAGAUCGUUCCUAGUGGCAAUCUGCCACUUCGGAAUAAGCGUUAUGGUGGUAAAUUAGUGAUAUGCAACUUGCAACCGACGAAGCAUGACAAGAGAGCCGAUCUAAAAAUAUCAACCUAUGUAGACACAAUUAUCGAGAAGAUUGCUAAACGUUUAGGAGUGGAAAUUCCAAACUACACAAAGGAAUUGGACCCCACCAAAGCGGAACCGUGUUCGUUGGAGUGGACUAUUUCUACUGAAGACGUCAAACACUUGGACAAACAUUAUUCGAAGACUAUUCGCGAACUUUCUAAGAAAAACAAGAAGGGUUCCAAUGACGGUAACUGCAAGGAGGAAGACGUUGACGAUUUUGACUUCAAAAACAAAAAGUUCAAGAAGGAAAAAACGGAAAACAAGGAAGCAAAAGAUGAUGAUGCUGAAGUGAAGUCAGAAUCGAACGUUGUUUCUGGUGAAUAAACAUUCAUAGCUAUUUCUAUA